UUCUUAUAAGCAGGUUCGUAGGCGCUCUUAGGAACCAGAGCCGGCGGCGAAGGGCCAGGCAUCUGAGGAGUGGGCGCGCAGUUUGGGGAGAGCGGCGAAGAGCCCUGGCUGGCAGGAGGCACAGCAGUGGUGACCCUAACCCCUACUCCCACCCGUCUCCUCCUCCUGCUAGCUCGCCCUUGGUCUCUAGGCUUGGACAGAGCGGUGGUUCCUGCUACCUGCACCAGAGUCUCCAGCUGCCCUCUUCCUCCCGAGCCUCGGAGAUGUCUACACCGUAAGCGCGGACGAGGAUAAAGAGCCCCUUUCCCUCCGCCCUUGGAGGGGGGCUGCGGCAGGGGCUGGGGACAACAGCCUUGCUGUCGUGGGACAGCACAGCCGCUGGCUAAGCCUGGGGAGAAAGGUUUUCUUGCGGACCAAAGAAGAGCAGCAGUCUGAGAGCGGGGUGUCCGAGCCGGAGAGGAGGACAUUUGGGGAGAGCCUUCUUCUCUCCCUCCGGGGAGAAGUGCUUGACCCCGGGAGUGCCGGGGGCCGCGGAAAAUGAAGGCGAAGGUGCAGUUUCUUUGGACGGUUUUCCUGUCUCUGAUUUUGCAGUCCGGCCUUGGCUACGCGAUUAAAUGGCUUGCCCUGUCCAAGACACCCUCAGUACUGGCCUUGAACCAGACUCAGCACUGCAAACAGCUGGAAGGACUGGUCUCCUCCCAGGUCCAGCUAUGCCGGAGCAAUUUGGAGCUGAUGCAGACCAUCGUGCAGGCCGCCAGGGAGGCUAUGAAGACCUGCCGGAAGGCUUUCUCUGACAUGCGGUGGAACUGUUCUUCUAUCGAGCGUGCCCCCAACUACCUGUUGGACUUGGAAAGAGGGACGAGGGAGUCCGCCUUCGUUUAUGCUCUCUCUGCUGCUGCCAUCAGCCAUACCAUCGCUAGGGCCUGCACCACUGGGGACCUUCCUGGCUGUUCCUGCGGCCCCGUCCCAGGUGAGACACCUGGGCCCGGGUACCGAUGGGGAGGAUGUGCUGACAACCUCAACUACGGUCUCCUCAUGGGGGCCAAAUUUUCAGACGCUCCCAUGAAGGUGAAAAAAACAGGAUCCCAGGCCAAUAAGCUGAUGCACCUUCACAACAGCGAAGUAGGGAGACAGGCCCUGAGAGCAUCCCUAGAGAUGAAGUGUAAAUGUCAUGGUGUCUCUGGCUCCUGCUCCAUCAAGACGUGCUGGAAGGGGUUGCAGGAGCUUCGAGAUGUGGCCCAAGACCUCAAGACCAAGUACCUGUCAGCCACCAAGGUGGUGCAUCGACCCAUGGGCAACCGGAAACACCUGGUACCCAAGGACCUGGACAUUCGGCCCGUCCAGGACACGGAGCUGAUCUACCUGCAGAGCUCCCCUGACUUCUGCAUGAAGAAUGAGAAGGUGGGCUCCCACGGGACACAGGACAGACAGUGCAACAAGACGUCCAACGGCAGCGACAGCUGCGACCUCAUGUGCUGCGGUCGAGGCUACAACCCUUACAUGGACAAGGUGGUGGAAAGAUGUCACUGUAAAUACCACUGGUGCUGCUACGUAACCUGUAAGAAAUGCGAGAGGAUUGUGGAGCGGUACGUCUGCAAAUGAAGCCGGCGCCCGCCCACCCGGGCCCUGGUCUCGGCCUUAGCCUUGGCUCUGGUGUUCUCGGGUGGGAGAGGUCCCAAGGAGCCAAGCCCCGGCCUUCCCGCAUCCCUUGCCCACCAUACAUCAUGCCAGAUUCCAGACUUCCAAGAAAUAGAGCCAAGGCGUUGGCAGGUGGGUGAGGCAGGGAUACUAUACGGAAGAGGAAGACAACCAGAACCUCAUGAGAAGGAAAGCCAAACAGACCAUUUAAAAAAAUUGUCAUCAAUGGUGCCUCCCAUCUUGUAUUUUUCCUUUUGUGCCUUGAGGAAGACACCUGCGUCUGGAGGGGUGGACUGGGCUGGGCAAUCAGCCCUCAGAGCCUUCUAAGCAACAUUUGCCUAUGUGGUAGGAAGCAGGGAUGGGGAGAAAAUAGAGACUCUCAAUAACCCUGGGGUCGGGGUGUCCACUUCAGCCAUCCAGUUGUCUCCUAGGGGCAGGGGUUGGGUGGAAUGUCAGUGACGUUGGCCUGGAAGGAGCAGCAGCAAAAAGUCCUAAGAGGGGGCAGCAGCAGGAGGAGGAGGAAGAAACACAAACUCUGGAAUAACUCUGGAAUUGGAGUGUCUUGUCCCUUGCAUCAUCCUUGGGAGGGAGAGAGGGAGGGAGGAAGAGAGGCAAGGACAUUCAGGGUCCAGCCAUGGAGGAAAAUAAGGACACGGCAACUCUGGGUCAGUCAGAGCUCUCUGGAAGGAGGCCCAUCCUUAUUUUCAUGGGUGUGUUCGAAGAAAAUGAAGCCUGAAGUUAUCCAAACAAGAACCCUACUCCCUCUCCUUCACUGGCGUUAAGAACAGAGGCUGGAGGCAUAGAAGGGGUGGGGGGAAGCAGGACACAGGGGAGGUUGCUCCCUGAUCCCAGAAUCCCUUUCUUCUGUCCAAAAGGGAGACUCUGUCCAGAGCCAAGAAGUCCAGUUUUGUCCAGGCCAAUGGACAUGGGGGAUACAAAUUUUCCCCUCUUUUGGAAUGCAGAACAUACAGAAAUAUUUAUGAAAGCAUAACUCAUGUCACGGAUUGUUUUCCUCUGCUCCUCCUUACAUAUAAAUAUAUAAAUAUAUGAAUAUAUGAUCUAUAUAUUUUAAA